AUGUUCGGUCCCAGCGGAAAGAAUGCUGCUUUGGAGGGUGAGUCAUAUGAUAUUGCUAGUUACCUGAUAGGACGCGCCCAGCGGCUCAUUCAUGCAAUAGGUGCCAUCGUGUCGCUAUACAAUGUUGGCCAGGCCAUCGGCACCUUUGCCGCAGGCUAUUCAGCCAACAAGUUCAGUAGAAGAUGGACCAUUUGUGCUAGUGCAGUGAUUGCAAUCGUCGGUGCUAUUCUGCAGACUGCCGCCGUCAACGCCGGGAUGAUGAUCGCAGGAAGGUUCCUCGCGGGAGUAGGCUGUGGAAUCCUCUUGGCGGUUGUACCAGUCUAUAUCGCUGAAGUGUCUCCUCCUCAGCAACGUGGAAUGAUCGUUGGUCUGCAGGGGUUUAUGAUUGCGAUUGGUUUCUUCAUAGCCAAUUGGGUCGGCUAUGGAGGUGCAUAUGCCAAAGACGAUGCACAAUGGCGUAUUCCCUUGGCCAUGCAAAUUCCUGGUCCCAUGGCCUUGACUGUCGGGUGCUGCUUUAUUCCGUAUAGCCCACGCUGGCUGGUCCAGCAGGAACGUUACGAAGAAGCGCGCGCAGUCUUAGAAAAGCUGUAUGUCUCUGAGGACGGCGAAGAUCCGGUCUCUCGAGAACUCGCUCAAAUCCGAGAGCAGAUACAAGCGGAGGCCGAACAAGGGACAAGCUUCAGAUCAGCCAUCACAAGCCUUUUCUCGCCUCGUUAUUUGCACCGCACCCUGAUGGCCUGCUUCAUCCUCAUCAUGGGCCAGUUCAGCGGUUCCUCCGUCAUUCAAAACUAUCAAAGCACUUUCUAUGCAACAGUCGGUUUCACUGGAAAGACCUCGCUCUUGAUCAGUGGUAUCUAUGGCAUCAUGGGUGUCCUUGGUCAGGUCAUCUAUCUCUUCUUCGCUGCCGAUAAAUGGCCUCGCACACGCACGCUGUGGGUUGGCUCGAUCUUUCUGUGCGUGAUGAUUGCUAUUUGUAUGGCUUUGUCUGCCAGGUACGGUGACCAAAGCAGUGACAACCUCAACGGUGCACGCGCGGCAAUCGCUAUGAUUUUCCUGUACUCCUGUGGGUAUGCUGUGUUUUUCAACGCAACCAUCUGGGUGGUACCUUCCGAGCUUUUCCCGUUUUUCCUUCGGUCGACCGGAAUGGGAUUGGCGGUGUUCUGCAAAUCAGUAUCAGCCAUCAUUCUAUCACAGAUCACGCCGACUGCCAUGCAAAAUGUCAGCUGGAGAUAUUACGCGCUAUUCAUUGCCACCAACUUUGUGGCUGCCUUUGUGUACUUCUUUCUGCUCCCGGAAACCGGUGGCAAGACAUUGGAAGAAGUCGCCGAGUUAUUUGGAGAUACUCUCGCAACGGAUCCUCCGAAGCAAAUCGAUGACCCGGACGACAAAGAAGCCUCCAAGAAGCAGGCUACCUUGGAGACGAGUGAUCCCAGGUCUUCUCAUGUAGAAAGAGUUGUCUAA